AUGCUUGCGUUGAAUGUGAAAAUACCGUCUAUACUGCGCAUCGUAACAUCUGCAAUACAUACUUCGAUUAACAGUGGGUCUAAUAUGCCUACCCCAAUAGUGUCGAGUAAAACUGCUUCAUUUCGCAAAGGCACUGGUGGUCGUUGCAGUUUUUCUGGGAACGUUAUAACUGUGUUUGGUAGCACAGGAUUUCUAGGAUUGCAUGUUGUUAAUCGUUUGGCUAAGCAAGGUAAUCAGAUAAUAAUUCCAUAUCGGCAGGAUCCAUAUUAUAUUCGCGAAUUAAAGGUUUUCGGUGAACUUGGUCAAAUUCUCUUCUUUCCUUUCGAACUAAAAGAUGAAGAAUCAAUACGACGAUCAUUAAGAUAUAGCAAUAUUGUUAUUAACUUAAUUGGAACAAAAAUCCAAACGAGAAAUUAUUCAUUUACAGACACACACGUUGAGGGUUCUCGUCGUAUUGCGCGUUUAUCCAGGGAAAUGGGAGUUGAGAGAUUAAUACACAUAUCAGCGCUUAAUGUUUCUAAGGAACCGACUCCUGGUAUUUUGAAAAAAGGGUCUGAAAUUUUAAAAAGUAAAGCUUUUGGUGAAGAGGCCGUAAGAGAUGAAUUUCCAGAUGCAACGAUUGUUCGACCAUCACUUAUGUAUGGUGAAGCAGAUUAUUUUAUAUCUUAUUAUGUUUCACGUUUACGUAAAUUUCCUCCAUUUGAUUUUGUUUGGUUACACAAGUCAGGUCUUGAAACCUUUAGAAUGCCUGUUUAUGUUGGAGAUGUUAGUGCAGGUAUUGAAAAAAUUGUUCUGGAUCCUACAUCUGUUGGCAAAACUUAUGAAUUUGUUGGUCCACAUUGUUAUAGGUUGUCGGAAUUGGUUGAUUAUAUGUAUGCUAAAGCACGUUGUAUUGAGAAAUUCGGAUUUCACUACAAGAGAUAUGGAAUUCCCUUCGCUUUUAAUCCAGUCAUGAGAACAGCUACCUUUAUGGCUGAAGUUUGGAGUAAGAUAUUCAAGUGCAAUACUGCUCUGAUGCGUGAAUGGAUUGAAUUUGUUGAAUGCACUAAUGAUGUUCUAACUGGAAACCCAACACUGGUUGAUCUUGGUGUCAGGCCGUUAACAGAAUUUGAAUUAGUUGGGGGACAAAUCGCUUUUCUAAGGCCAUUCAGGGGUUAUUAUGAAGUUAGCUAUGGCGAUAUUGAUCCACCACGUUUACCUCUUCGAUCGCCACCACUUACUUCUAUAAAAAAGGCCACAUCUGGCAUUUUCACGGAAACAAAGCCAUUUGCUUUCACUUGA